AUGCUUUCACGGGCCCUUUGCAACAGAGCUUGGACUGAUGACAGCAUGACUGAGCUUGAUGUUCAUGAGAACUCUCUCAGUGGCACUUUUCCAUCUGAGCUAGGAUGGUUGAAAAGCUUGGAAGCACUCUUCCUUUGGGAGAAUGAGUUCACUGGCACUUUGCCAACUGAACUUGGGCUCUUGACACGCAUGACUGAUUUCCAGCCUGCCCUGAAUGCUUUUGGGGGACCCAUCCCAUCUGAGCUUGGGCUUUUGACAAGAAUGGAAAACCUGCGAAUUUUCCACAAUGCGUUCCAAGGAUCUUUACCAACCGAGCUUGGGCUGAUGACAAGCAUGAAAGAGUUUCAUGCUUAUGAAAACUCCUUGAAUGGUACCCUUCCAUCAGAGCUGGGCAGGCUGGGCAGUUUAGAACACAUGGAAAUUCACGAAAAUGCUUUCACGGGCCCUUUGCCAACAGAGCUUGGACUGAUGACCAGCAUGACUGAGCUUGAUGUUCAUGAGAACUCUCUCAGUGGCACUUUUCCAUCUGAGCUAGGAUGGUUGAAAAGCUUGGAAGCACUCUUCCUUUGGGAGAAUGAGUUCACUUGGCACUUUGCCAACUGA